AUGCCUCCCAUGUACAACCAGACCAAAAAUUCUCACCACUCGAAAGCCACUAUGCCUAAGCAAACCCGCACCUCUCCAGUCUACUAUUGUUCAGUACUCUUACCAGAAAACACCCAUGCACGCCUUUUGAAUCCUAUCGAAAAACAGAACAAGAUUGAGUUGGCCGAAAGAGUAGCCAAAGCAGAGGCUAUAUAUCACCAACCAGCCUCUCGAUCUAAAGAAGACUUUUAUCUCGUCAGUCUACCUCGAGGUGUACAUCGAAUUCCAAUUGUCAACCUGUCAAACAGCAAAAAAUCCCAACCCUCUUCACCCCCUAUAGAUUCAUGGAAAGAUACAAGCUCUACAUUAGCUAAAGAGUCUACACCAAAUUCACCUCCUACAUCCUAUCUUGCAUCACCACCACUCGAACCUAAGCAAAACAACAAACCAUAUCACAUAAACACUGCUCCAUGUUCUCUGGGCCAACGGACCCCGGUCCAGUCACCAGCCGAGUCCUCAUUUGAUCUAUUCCGGCCGAAUUCCUCCCAGACUCUUCCAAAGAUCACCCCACCCCAACGAUUCAGCUAUAACGAGUCCUUACCCGUAUCUCCCCUUUGUCCACCACCACAUCUCAGACGUGAAAGACGAACCUCGAGAGCUGCUUCGGUACCCGAAUUUGCCCACCCUCACCGUCCCAGCAUAGACUAUUCAUCUCGACGGGGUAGCCAAUCAAGUGUCUCUCAUAGCAUUGUCAACCGACCAAGACCAAAGUCAAUGUUGUCCAGGAUGGCUACACAGGAUUUGCCAGAAGAGAGAUUGUCGGUGUCACAGAGUAUGUGGCUAGAUCAACUUGAACGACAGAUCAAGAUUAGACUACAGUCAACCGUCUAUCCAUCCCUGUCUAGUGUCACUCAGAUCCAGCAAGAGGCUCGCCAGUUCUGGGAGGACCAGAGACGAGCCAUGCAGGCAUUCAGCGAUAGCCUUAUAGAGAAAAUAGAAGACCGUUUCGAAUUAUCCGAGACAAACCCUUCGCUGCAGAUUGCAUCCAAGCAGACCGAAUUAGAAAAGGAAGUCAUAGAGAACCGACGCGAAAUUCUGCACUUGCAACGCCAGCUGGUAGAAUUCGAUCUUCUGAAGCCCCGUCACGCCGAACUAGAAGCACAGUAUGAGGCCAUGGGGCAACAAGCCGCUUAUUUCCAAAAGGAGUGGCAAGAGUCCAGAGUACAGCAGAGCCGAGUUGUGGAGUUGGAAGCACACCUAAAGAUUUUGACCGACGUUGUUGAGGAAGAUUGUACCAAGCAGCGAUUGGACGAAAUCUUGAUGGAAAAGGCGCAAUGGAAAGCCGAAAUGGACGAACAAAUCAAAGCCAAACAGACCCUAAAAGACCGAGUGGAUGAAUUACAAGUCGAAGUCUGCCGUAACCACAAGGAGAUGAACCGGCUCGGAAGUCGUAAUCAGCAGCUCGAGACCGACCUUGAGUGCCACCAGCGAGAGUUGGAGCGACUCCAGGCCAAGUGUGAAUACCGCACCGUGGAACGACCUGAGAUUGGGAUGGCCGACUGUGGAGAGGAGUUUGGACAAGGAUUGGUAAGCCAGUGUCUACCCCCUCCCACCAAUAAGCUCCCAGAAACACCAGCAGAGAUGAUGGAAACUAUUGGUCGCCUCAAGGAAGAAAACCGAAAGAUCAAACAGUCCGAGAGUGUCAACAAGAUCCAACUUGACUACAUGCAAAGAGAGCUCAACCAGCUAACUCCUGCCGGACUCAAACGCCACCUGGAGCGUAAAGAUGAAGAAAUCCUCAAACUUAAGCGAGCACUCGAGAGCCAUACUAAGCAAACCCAACCUACAACCAUAAGCUCUAUACCUAUCAAUUCACCCAUAUCCUUACCCUUACCAUCUGUACCUGUAUCUGUACCAAGUGAACCUGAACCUGAACAUGACCAUGAACAUCAAUCUAUAUCUACAACAUCUGUACCUACCGAUCUGGCCGUACCUAUAGCCGUACCUGUAACUAUACCUCUACCUUUAUCCACAAUUAUACCUACCCAUGUUACUGGAUCUACCACACUCGGUGGCAAGAGUUCACCUCAGACAAGUCGAACAUGCUCCCCUUGCUCUUCAUUCUGCCGAACUCCUCCACCAGAGCGCCAUCCAGAACGCUUAAGCUAUCGAAUGGACACAUCUGGACCUUCUAAUGAAUUGGAUGGCCAUGUGACCUUUAUGACACAGAUCAACGGAAAACUAUCCCAUUACACAGUAAAAGUAUCUAGUAAUACACAUCCGAUGAGUCAAAACACAAAUCCUAGACGCCGUAGCCAAAAGCCAUUGAAUCCAGAAGCCGCGGCAUGGAAACCACCAACUACUUCUAGCCGUUCAGGCAGUAGUCAUAAGGGUAGUCCGACUUUGUAA